UAGAGACUAUGCGCUGGGAACGAAAUCAAUGAGCUAACAAGCUUGCGAGUUAGCAGUUAGUUAAUUAAGUCGGCGUUAUUGGAUCAUGGAAGCCAAGCGCCCCUUCUCCCGAGUACGAGCCCCAGUCUUCUCCCCCUUUUGUACUCCAGCGUGCGUCUCGUCGGUACGGUCUUUGGGGGCGCUCUUUGGGGCCGCUGUUUAUGGCGCUGUGUUUGGGGUGCUGUUUGGGGCGCUCGUCGGGACGUUCUUUAGGAAACUCGUCGGGACUCCCUUUCGGGUCUAACGCCAAGACCGACCGUGCUAGUCGACGUCGUCGUAGUCGAGCUCAACUGCGAACACUGCGAGGCCGGACGCCGUAGGGCUUACGCGACCUGCCAGACGUCUUAAUUAGAGGUCAAAUAGACGGAGAAUCGUUUGCGCGAUGGAUGAAUACGAUUACGACGGAAGAGGAAGAUCCGCCGGUGCCGGGAGACGUCCCGGGAAGUCUCGUGAUCCGGAAGAAGAGGACGAUUUCGAUAUACGCGAGAAGAACACGAGUGAUCAUGGUACUCUUCAACGAUUGGACAGCAUGCAAGAUCCGGAAAAGAGAUAUGCUCUCAAAGAAGUCAUUGGUUCUGGAGUUUGCGGCGACGUUUACGAGGCGAUCGACCAAAAAGCCGGCAACAAAAAAGUGGCGAUUAAGAUACAAAAGCUUACGCCGGAGACGCAGGCCUUGAUCGUCGAAGAAUAUAGGGUAUUGCGAGAUUUCGCGGGACAUCCCAACCUUCCAGAUUUUUAUGGAAUUUAUCGAAGGAGAUCGGGAAAGAAGACGGAAUAUGAUCAAAUAUGGCUCGUCAUGGAGCUCUGCGAAGGCGGAUCCGUAAUGGACUUGGUGAGAGGUCUCAUCGCUUCGAACAAAAAGAUGCGCGAGAAACACAUAGCUUAUAUACUUAAGGAGGUAAUCAAGGCGUUGAUACAUCUACACGAAAACAACGUCAUUCACCGAGACGUUCGCGGCAGCAAUGUACUUUUGACGAAGGAGGGCGAAGUCAGACUGAUAGAUUUCGGUCUUUCGAGGAUGAUAAAGGGCGAGCUUGGUAGAAGAAACAGUUGUAUAGGCUCGCCGAAUUGGAUGGCGCCUGAAGUGGUGACCAGUAAGGCCGGUGGCUCUGAUAGCGGAUACGGAAGUCGCGUGGACGUCUGGGCGAUCGGCAUAAUGGCGAUAGAAUUAGCAGACGGCAGACCACCCUUUCAAGAUAUGCAUCCUACUCGCGCGCUCUUUCAGAUCGUAAGAAAUCCACCGCCGACCCUCUACAGACAGUCCAAUUGGUCGCAAAAUUUUAACGACUUUAUUUCGGAAUGUCUAGAAAAAAAUCCUGACAACAGACCGUUCAUGGCCGAAAUCAUUGAACAUCCUUUUCUAGCGGAACUACCGGAAAACGACUAUUUGCUGACCCAAGAAAUUAAGGCACUGGCUAUGGACGUUUUGGAGAAGGGCAAAGCGGGUAGGCAGCCGGAAGCGAUCGUUCGAAAAAAUUUGUUAAAGACUCAUCAAACCAAUCCACCGGAAGCGAUGUUCACCGAGGAUCUUGCGGCCCUCGAAGUUUUAACGGAGGACGCGAUCUUGGACGAGUUGCAGGAGAGACUACAGCAGGGCCACUUUCAUACGUUCGUCGGGGACGUUCUUCUGAUAUUAAAUCCCAACGAGGAUUACGAUAUUUACGGAGCUCAGGAUCAUACAAAGUAUCAGUGCAAAUCGCGCUCCGACAAUGCACCUCACGUUUACUCCAUCGCAGAUAGCGCUUAUCAAGACGUCCUUCACAACGAGGAACCUCAACACAUUUUGUUCGCCGGCGAGAGUAAUUCGGGCAAAACGACCAACAUGUUGCAUGCCAUCGAACAUCUCAUGUUCCUCGGAAAGAGCUUGCAAGACACCGGAGCUAGACUGAUGAAAGCUUUGAAGGUGAUUCAUGUAUUUAGCAACGCCGCGACCCCUCUCAAUCCAAACUCGACGAGAUGCGUGCUACAGACACAAACGACGUACGGUUCCUCCGGGAAAGCGUCCGGAGCGAUAUUUUGGCUCUAUCAAUUGGAAAAGUGGCGCGUUUCGACGCGCGACAAGAAUCAAUCGAAUUUUCAUAUAUUUUAUUACUUUUACGAUGGCCUCGAAGCGGCUGGAAAAUUAAGACAAUACAAUCUUCCAAGCGGAAGGAGAAUGCGAUAUCUUCGAAUCGGCGAAAAGGGAAACGAACGAAAGCGAUCGUUUAAAGUAAGAAACGAUCCCGAUGGAAACGUAACUAGAUUCGGAGUUAUGAAAGAGAAUCUAAAAAUCAUGGAGAUGGAGGAAUACUUUGACACGAUGUGGAAGAUAUUAGCGGCCAUCUUGUUACUCGGAGAAAUCAGAUUCGUCGAAGAUAGUAACGGUGAGGCCGAAAUGGAUAGCAAUGAAACGGCAAACAAAGUCGCGGAAUUGCUCGGUCUGGAUCAAAAAAAGUUUUCUUGGGCUUUGAUCAACUAUUGCCUAAUUAGAAAAGGAGCGGCCAUUCGCAAAAAGCAUACGUGCGAGGAGGCAAGAGAGGCAAGGGACGUCUUGGCGAAUACGAUUUAUCAACGAUUCGUCGAUUGGCUCAUUAACAUGAUGAACCUCAAAUUCACGGUGACUCGUACUCUUUUCGGUGACAAGUAUUCCAUAAGCGUGCUCGAUCUCUUUGGUUUCGAGUGUUUCGCGGUGAACCGUAUCGAACAAUUGUUCGUGAAUACCACCAACGAACAGAUGCAAUGCCAUUACAAUCAACGAAUAUUCGCAUGGGAAAUGCAAGAGCAAGAAGAAGAGGAUAUAAAGGUACAAAAAUUCCAUUUCUACGACAACAAGGACGCGAUCGAUCGACUGAUGGGAAAGGACAAUGGAUUGUUUCACAUUAUAGACGAAGCAUCGAGACAACUCCAGGACGUUCAAUAUAUUUUCGAAAAGAUAAAACAAGAAAUACAAGGGACACAUAUAAAACAAAUAAGCUCGCACGAAUUUACCAUAGCCCAUUACACCGGGAAACUCGUUUACGACGCGAGCGAGAUCUCCGAGAAAAAUCGCGACUUUGUUCCGCCGGAGAUGAUCGAAACACUGAGACAGUCCUCUUUCGAUAUCGUCAAAGAUAUGUUCACGAACAAGCUAACGAAAGCUGGUAAUCUUACGAUAGUGGUGGAUAAUCAGAAAACAGAGGAGGAGAAGAAAAUACCGAAAAGUAAAUGGGGAGCUAUCAUACAAGAGAAUAUGAAACUUAGGAAAUACAACACUGCUUCGAAGGGGCAAUAUUCGCAAACUCGCAAGAUGAGAACCUGCGCGGCGACAUUUCGAUCCACCAGUCUCGAAAUUUUGAAGAGCCUCCUGGUGGGCGGUGGAAGCGGUGGUAUACACUUCGUCAGAUGCAUUCGUGCCGAUCUCGAGGGUAUACCACAAGGUUUUUAUCGCGACGUAGUCAGGCAACAAAUCAGAGCAUUGGCCGUAUUAGACACCGCCAAGGCUAGACAACGAGGCUACCCAUACAGAAUAACCUUUCAGGAAUUCCUUCGAAGAUACAAAUUUUUGGCCUUUGACUUUGACGAGAACGUGGAGAUAACUAAGGACAAUUGUCGACUGCUUUUAGUAAGAUUAAAAAUGGAAGGAUGGAUCAUCGGGAAAACUAAAGUAUUUCUAAAGUAUUACAACGAGGAAUAUUUAUCGCGAUUGUACGAGACCCAAGUGAAGAAGAUCGUCAAGGUACAAUGCAUGAUGAGAGCGUUCUUGGCGCGCAAGAAUAUUGCGAGCAAAGUCAUCAACCUGAAGAAACAAGUUGUGAAGAAAGCGUCGAUAAGGAAGAAGGAGCCGUCGAUAGAUAUGACGCAAGAGGAAGCUGCGCUGAUGAUACAGAAAGCAUACAGGGGCCACAUUGUGAGGAAGGAAAUGGCUCCAUUGCUGAAGGGGGAUAUGGAACAGGAGACGAAGGACUUUAUCAAAUUCUACAGCAGCAAAUGGAGGUCGAAGAGCAUAUUCCAAGUCCUCCUACGUUACCGUGCAGCCCGCUAUCAAGACCUCGUGCAAUUUUCGCAACAAGUACACCUGUUCAAUCAAGCGAUAGCGGGGACGCUGGAAGCGACGAAUGAACGAGUACCCUUAGAUAAAAUCGAUCCUGGCAUUAAAGCAUCCACAUACUUAGGCCAGAUGAAACCACCCCAAGUUCACAAGCUACCCUUCGACAUUUAUCACGAUAUGCCAUACUUCGAUACGAGUUAUAUGAACAAUCCCACGGGGAAAAAGAAGAGCGCAGGAUCCAUGUCGACCUCGGUGUCUGACGACGAGCACGAGCCCUGGGACGCGCCAUUAAGGAGACAAACGGUGCCUUGGCCCAACAGCAACGUUCGUACCAGAGACGUCGAGGUUCAAACGACGAACUCGCCACAUCGCGUGGCGCAACAAGACCCGUCGGGCAGCGAGGGACAGAGUUUGAUCAACACUCCGUUUUCCAGGGAUCCGAAUGUCCCGGUCCGAUGUCCACCGGAAGAUUCGAACCGGGCCAAAGCCGACAAUGUCGGAUCCCAGCUACCCGCGAUCGACCAUAGUCCUGCACGAUCUUCUAACGCUCAUAAUCCUCACUCAAAUAAUUACGAGAAUACUGGGUCAAUACGCUCUAAGAAGAAUGCACCGCCUCCUCCUAUUCCGCCAUUCGGCCAAGUGUCACCAGUCCCGCCGAGUCGCAGCUACGACGUUCACAACUUGGAGGCUCGAGCUAGAAAUAAUUUCGACAGCGGAAACGAUUGGGAAUUCGAUGACAAAGUUAAUCGGAAUACCAGCGCCGUCGCAAGCAAUCGUGUGAAUCCGAUACAUGAGCUGCAAAUGCUGGGCCGUAAGCACAGCAACGACGACGGCGAGGAUCAACCACCAUUCAAUUUUCAGGCGAUGCUAAGGAAAACUCCGCAUCAACGUGCCUCGAUGAAACGUACCGCCGUCUAUGAUAGUUACGCUCCUUCGCCCUCUCCAUACGGACGUCCGAUCAGUCGUGAGGAACACUACGAAUCCAACGUCGUUUACAGAAGCGGCGGAAGCCGGAGAGACUCCUCCGAGUGGAGUCCCAACGAAAUGAUAAGAAUGUCGGAGAAAUACGGUAGAGAAGGCGCCUGGUCUGCUGGUGGAGAUCGCAACGAUGCCGGCGACGUCUCCGAGAGCGUUACUACCGAACUAGCUCCUGGAAUCGUCGUCGAAGGCUACGUUUCCGAACUCUAAAUUUAUGAGAGAAAGAGAGAGAGAGAGAGAGAGAGAGAGAGACAGAGAGAGAGAGGGAUAGAGGAGAGAGAAAGAGAAAAAGAGAGAGAUAGAAAGAAAACGCGUCGCUAAUUACUUAGAAUAUAUUCUUGUACAUAUGUAUAUUUUACUGAAACUUUUUGAUAAAACAAUAGUCACAAUUUUUCGAUGUCAUAGUUGUUACGAAUAUCUUGAAAUGAGCUACAUAGAUUUUCCCUAGAAGAUCGAAAAUAUCUUCUGUCCGACGUACAAUAUUUCCUUUGAAACAAAGCGCCUCUCAGUGUCUGAAUACGUUCUGAGUGAUUAGCGACACGGCAUAUGGUAAGAAGAGAAUAUAUUUCGAUAAAAUUUU